AAUGAUAAUGAAAUGGAGAUAUCUCCGACCAACACUAUUCAAGAGGAUGCAAAUGGUAAUAAUUUAACAUCCGAUUUAUGCCUUUGAAUUAUUCUUUUUUUUAUGUUAAUCAUUUUAUGUUUUUAAAUUGUUUGGUUGAAGGUGGUGGUCAAUCUACUACAAAGAAGAAAGCUGUUAAUGAAAAAAGGAGGGGAAGAAACAAGUGUAAAAAGAUUGCUAAACUGAAACCUAAUGAGAAGCUGCAAAUUCAAUUCUUUAACAAUCGGGCAGUAGGGGAUAAUCACAAUGUGUUUGCCAGACAUCUUGGUAUUAUAGUACGAAAUACUAACAUGUGUCCGGUCAAAGUGCACAAAUGGGCAGAUAUUGGAGACAAAGAAAAAGAACACAUGUGGGCAGCAGUCACGGAUUCCUUUACUAAUGAAAAUAUGGAGGCCUACAAGGAGCAUGUUUUGGACCAUAUGAAGGAGUUGUGGAGAAAAUGGAGGUCAGACUUGUUAAGGUAUAAAAUCAUUCAUAAGAAACUCACCUUAAAAGCUGCAUACAACGCUUCUCCACCUGAUGGGCUUAAUAAGAGUGAGUGGCAGUGGCUUAUUAAGGAGAUUUUUUCAAAGCAAGAAUUUAAGGUAAAAUCACUUAACUAUAAUCCCUUUUCCUUUAUAAUGUGUUCCGAAAUUUAA